GCAUUCACCUGUUCACAACCUGUUUAUCCCUCGGACGCUUGAUCCGCAAACCUCAGUGUUUCCUCUCGAUAGUUUUACGUUUGACACACGUUUCGGCUCAUUUUAUUCAACAGGUGCCGAUAAAAACACAACUUUUAAACUUAGUUGUCGUUUAGGGAGUUUUGAGGGUGUUUUUUUUUUUGGUUGGUUUUAUUUCUUGGGCUGCGGUGUUUCCUCCGGACUUCGACCUCAGGGCGCAAGCUUGCGGCCUACCUGUGGCAACACGGAAGUGGAGACGGUUGGACCUUCAGUCGGCGUGUACUCGACAGCCCGCUCAUAAAUGACGCUUGACGCCUGCGGCCGCCGACCCUGAAAGGCGAUUAAAUUCUGAUGUUGAUCUGCUGACGCUCGUUCCGGGACGCUUCUUCGCCGUUUGUGGCAAUUGUGUCGACUCCUCCGCAGUUCGGGACAAGAUGAACAUCUCGGUGGCCGACAUGGACGCGUCACUGGAGAACACUUCCAUCGUCCAUCUGAGCGCCCCCAUCAUCCCAGACAGGACAGAUGUGUCCAACAUGACCAUCAUUCGCACGGCUAAUGGCACCAUUCUGCAGGACCAGAUUUUUCUCAACACCAUGACCGCCCGUGCCCUCUCUGGCAUCUUUGUGUGGUCCGCCUUGCUCAUCACGUGCCACCAGAUCUACACACACCUGCGCUCCUACACGGUGCCAAAUGAGCAGCGCUACAUCAUCCGCAUCCUCCUCAUCGUGCCAAUCUACGCCUUCGACUCCUGGCUCAGCCUGCUGUUCAUCAGCAACAACCAGUACUAUGUCUACUUCGAUUCGGUUCGAGAUUGCUACGAAGCAUUUGUCAUUUAUAAUUUUCUGAGUCUGUCCUUUGAAUACCUGGGAGGAGAGAGUGCAAUCAUGUCCGAGAUUCGAGGGAAGCCCAUACAGUCAAGCUGCCUGUAUGGCACCUGCUGCCUGGGCGGGAUGAGCUACUCCAUUGGAUUUUUGAGGUUUUGCAAACAGGCAACUCUUCAGUUCUGCAUCGUCAAACCCAUCAUGGCGGCCAUCACCAUUAUCCUGCAAGCCUACGGCAAAUACCACGAUGGGGAUUUUAACGUCAACGGGGGCUACUUGUACAUCACCAUCAUCUACAACUUCUCCGUCAGCCUGUCGCUCUACGCCCUCUUCCUCUUCUUCUUCGCCACCAGCGACCUACUCAGGCCAUACGAGCCCGUGCUCAAGUUCCUCACGAUCAAGUCUGUCAUCUUCUUGUCCUUCUGGCAAGGCAUGGUCCUCGCCAUCCUGGAACGCUGCGGCGUCAUUCCCAACGCGCUUUAUAUCGACGGGCAAGAAGUCGGCGCCGGCACGGUGGCGGCCGGCUGGCAGAACUUCAUCAUCUGCAUGGAGAUGUUCUUCGCCGCCAUUGUCCUGCGAUACGCCUUCACCUGCACUGUCUACCAGGAGAAGAAGGAUGACGUUCCACAAAGCAUCCCGUCGAUGCAGAGCAUCUCCAGUGGUCUGAAGGAGACCAUCAACCCGGGCGACAUGGUGCAAGAUGCCAUCCACAACUUCUCCCCGGCCUACCAGCAGUACACACAGCAGUCCACGCAGGAGGUGGUCCCACCGUGCCCCAACGGGAAAGCCCCCUCCACCUCCAGCAAGGGCUCCCGCAAGUCGGACAAGGUCAUGCUGAUCAUGUCCGACGAUGAGUUCUAAGCUGCCACGUCGAGGUGAGUGUGUCCUCACCCCCCCCCCCCCCCCCCCCGAAACGGUUAUAUCUCACGAGGCACAAAACUGGAUUGUAUUUAAUUGUCAUCAACACAGUGUUGAGCAACGGCUGCUUACUCCAAAUACACAUUGUAAGGAUAAACCCGUUUUUAAGUAAUGUAGCUCAGCGGCAUGAGAUUUUUGCCUUCCUGGCCUUAUAAGGAACACACAAAUUAACAUCCUCUGUGAUAUCAAACAAGCAACAAUGUGACUCCAGGAGUGUGGCAAUGGCGAAGGAUUGCUUUUUUUUUUUUUGGUCUCGUUUGGGAGUCAUGAAGCAUGGAAGUUCCUGGACAGACAUACUGGUUUUGGAGCGGGUACUUCAAACUGCACAAUAUAUCACUGCGGAGUUUUUUUUUUUUGUAUGUAUUGCAAUGCAUCUCCUUGUCACAGUCGACCUCUUACAUAGUGGGAGUUGUUUUCAUUUGAGAUAGUCCAACUAGAAGGCAGAUUUGUAGCAUCUGCGCUUAUUGUGAAUAUUUUUCACUCCGCCUUUUAGUAUCAGGGUCACUAUUUAUAAUUCCAUGGAUUCUCUAUUAAAAUAUUUACAGAUUUGAUUGUAAUUAUACUAUACAGGUGCAUCUCAAUGAAUGAUUAUAUCAUGGAAAAUGUAAUUUAUUUUUAUAGGUUAGUUCAAAAAGUGAAACUCGGAGAUAAUGGCAGAUUGACGACACUCAUAUGGCGAUGGCUUGCAGCUAACACCAAACCCAAAUUCACCAACUCAAGAAAUGUUUAUAUUACAUAAACAAUCAAAAUGAACGUUAAUGUAGAAACUUGGUCAGAAGGUGCUUUUUUCUGCCUUUGCUUGAUUUUUUUUUUUUUUUUUUUGGUUUUUAUUCAAUGAUAUGAGUUUCACUUCUUGAAUUGACGCUAUUCUAUUUUAUUGAGAGACAUCUGUAAACAUUUUGCGUGGAAGAUGUUCUGUAUUUUGAAGAGACUGAUUUUCAAAAAAAAAACAAUAAAGGCAUUUUUU